CCUCUGUCACGGCCCUCUGCGACGGCCUCCGCUCCCCAUCCCUGAUCCGGCCGCGGCUUCUUCUUCAUCAUCUCCACCCUUCAAAUGCAAAGUGUGCUCGCAAUGACAUCGGGAGGCAGGUUUGUGAAUGCGGUCGGCCGGGUGAUUUCAGAACUGGAUCCUGAGGGGCGUCGCUGGCCUGAAGACUCUGUUCCCCGACAGUAGAGCUCCUCCCUCGCCCAGAACACAGCCAUGAAGCAAGCCCAGGAGCGCAACCAGGAGUGCCUGCCUCCCAAGAAGAGGGAUAUCCCCGUCAGCAGCGGCGGCGGUGGCGGCGGCGGCGGCGGCGGUGAGCCCCCAGGGACCAGUCUAGGAGGAGGAGGAGGAGGAGGAGGAGGUGGGGGAGGUUGUGGAGGGGAUGAGGUGGCCCCCCCCCAGAGCUCCGGUCCCAGCCUCGACGCUCAGGGAGGGGCCAGCUCCGGGGAGUGGCUGCGCGCCCAGACAAGCCUUCACUACGGGAUGGAGAGUUCUGAAAACAUACCAGCCGUGCCUGUCGACCAGUACAGCAUGCUCUACAAAGUGGCCCUCCCCUCCGGCACCUACUCCUCCUCCAGCCUCCACCCCGUGCUCAGCCAUAUCUCCCCUGCCUACACGGUGCACUCCCCCCUCAUGCAGCAUCCAGGGAUCCCCUACCCCCCGCUGGGCUACGCCCAGAUCCCCCACUCCCAGCUGCAGUUCGUCAGCCCCUCCUACGCCGCCGUGCCGUACGCCGUGCCGCCCGGCUUCGUCCACAGCUCCAUCCUCUCGCCCUCGGGCGCCCUCUCCCAGCCCCACGCCGUGUCCCACCUCGUCCCCUACCCCUCCGUCAUGCAGGAGGGCGUCGUCUCCCCGCCGUCCCAGCAGCAGGUGGCUGCUCACACUUUUACCAAAGUCGGGGGGUCGGGCGGGAUCCCCCUGAUGCUGACCUCGGAGCAGGCGGAGCUCAGCGCCCGGGGGGUGCCGGUCUACUACCGCCCCCAGGGGGCGCUGGCGGGGCCGGAGGUGCUGAGGGACGCCCACAUGGUGCAGCAGGAGACCCAGGCCAAGAUGAACGGAGGGGAGGGGAGGGAGGACUAUAAGGGCAGGACCUCCCGGCUGCUCCAGGUGGCUCCGGGGGGCGGGGCGCUGGACUACGGCCCGGACCGGGGCCUGAAGGACCGCCGGGGGGAGGACCGGCACUCCCCGGGCCAGAGGAGCACGCCCGACAGCGACCUGGAGCUGCAGCAGGCGGGGGGGCCCUCGUCGGGGCCGGGCCACGGCGGGGGCCGAAAAGAAGUGUCCUUCGCGCCGCUGAACCUCUCCCAGGGCUCCCAGAGGGCCCGCGAGGCUCACGGCGACCCCACGCCGGAGCACUCCGUCAGGGCCGCGGCGUACACCGGCCACGCCGUCAGCUACGGGGACCCCCGCUUCGCCGGCCUCCAGCAGCAGGGGGCGCUGCCGGGCCACGCCGUCAUCCUGGCCAACGGACAGCCCGUCCUCAUCCCCAUGGAGUACCAGCCGCCGCCGCCGCAGCAGCAUCACUACGCGUGCCAGCCCAACGACGUCUCGGCCAUCCCUUCCUUCAAACCCUCUGACCCCCCAGCCAGAGUGUGCCUCUCUGAGCGGGCUGUGGUUGAGCUGGCCACAGCUCAGCAGCAGCAGCAGCUGCUGCAACAGCAGCUACAACAGCAGCAGCAGCAGUCCACCCACCACGCCCCCCCGGGGGCCGCUCAGGCCCCCCCGGGGCCCGCCGCGGCCUCGGGGCCCGGCAGCCCGUCCCACUUCAUGAAGGGGGCCAUCAUCCAGCUGGCGACGGGCGAGCUGAAGCGCGUGGAGGACCUGCAGACGCAGGACUUUGUGCGGAGCGCCGAGGUGAGCGGCGGGCUGAAGAUCGACUCCAGCAUGGUGGUGGACAUCCGGGCCAGCCAGCAGAAGGCCGGCCUGGUGGCACUGCACUUCACGGUGGGCGAGCAGCAGAGCAAGGUGACCAUCGACGUGCCCCCCGAGCACCCCUUCUUCGUGUUCGGCCAGGGCUGGUCCUCGUGCACGCCGGAGCGCACGGCGCAGCUCUACGGCCUGGCCUGCCACCACCUGCAGGUGGGCGACGUCUGCGUGUCCAUCACCCUGCAGCAGCAGGUCCAGGCGCAGCCCCCGCCGCCCCCGAAGCAGCCCCAGCAGCACCACCACCCCCAACUACUACAGCAGCAGCAGCAGCAGCAGCAGCAGGGCCUGGCCCGGACUCCCAGUAAAGCCAGUACUGGUCCCAGCCCGCAGCCCAUGGGCCCGCCCGCGCCCCAGCAGCCCCGGCUGCAGGCCCAGUUCCGGAUAGAGCGCAUGUACAGGGAACAGGACAGGGAGAAGGAGGCGCCAGGCGCGGAGGGCGUGGCGCCCUCCCGGCCCAGCGUGCCCUCGCCCUCGGCGGAGCACGGCCGCAGCCAGAGCAGCAGCUUCCAUUUGCACACAGAGGGCCCCGCCGCCCAGGGGCCCUCGGCCGUCCUUCUGGGGGCCGCCCAGGCCGGGCUGAGCGCCGCCCAGAGGCGCUGGUCGGCCCCGGGCCUCCAAAGAUGUGUGAUAAAGGGCGGCGAGGGCCCGCACGCACAGACCAGGCCCUCCUUCGUCCCCCAGGAGGUGAAACUGUCCAUCGAGGGGCGCUCUAACGCAGGGAAGUAGCACCAGGAGGAGUAGGAGUCCUACAGACGCAGCCAAAAGAGAGGAUGAGUGGGGGCCGGAGGGAGGAGGUGAGAAUGGAGCCUCAGAAUGUUUGAGAUUUUGCACACUUACCGAGACACAAAAUGGCCGUUGUUGUUCUGUGGUCUUAAGGAUUGCUCUGUGGGUUCAGCCGGCAGUCAGGCCCGGCCUUAAGGUCCUCUCCGGCCCGGGGGGUCCGGGGGGGGGGGCGGAGCAGGUGAAUCUGGAGCAUGUAGCUGGUCAAACACCGUUCAUAACCCGGAGACGGUUCGAUUAUCCUCCUUACCUCACCUCCACUUCUGCAUAGCCAUCACUUAUCUUUGUUUCACCCAACCCAUUUCACCACAACAUGAGAUACGGAGAAUGUGAUCUUGGCACAACUGUUAGUUCAAUCGUUGUUUUUUUUUAAUCAAUGGCCACUACCACCCCCCCCCCCCCCCCCCCCCCCUUAUUUUAAGCUCCACCUACAGGGGGUGGGAAGUUGAUGUGACCAAUGCCAGGACUCUGAGGUGAUGUGUGCCAUGUAUUCGUCUCUGUUGCCCAAAGACCACUAGGAACCCUAAGGCCUCAUCUACAUUCCCUGUCGGAGGAGAAGCAUAUUCCCAGAGGUUUUGGUUUAGUGGGAGAAGAUUGCCGUCACAUAAUCAACCGCCAAUCAAGGGUCAUUUAGAACAAUCAUUCAAUUAGCAUCACACCCCUCGCUGACUAAUUAAAUCUCCCCCUCUUAGAAACCGACACCGUUUACAGUUUACCCAGAGUGGGGACGGACAUAUUGUUGGGGUCAUAUCACGCAUCAGAAUAUUACCCUCUGGGAAAUGUUAACAUAGAAUUUCACAUCUUGGAGUCAAGGCCAUCCCUUUUAACGUCUAUGCCUCAGAAACCUACGGUGAGACGGUCACUGCAGGCCGUUCUUUGCAGUUGAAGUAGUUUAGUUGCUACUGCUCAUUCAUCGAAUCUGCCGAGAGAAUUCCUUGUCUCCUGAACUGUCUGCUUUCUGAUGGACCGUCUAUUUGCAAGAAUUCGCUAAUCAACUAGAGACCAUAAAAGGUUCCUCUAAACGCUCGUAUUGUGGCCAACAAAUCAAAGACAGCUUAUGUUUCCCUGGUGGAUUGAACUCCACAUGCCUCCACCUUCACACUCAGGAGGAACCCUGGUUCUGCAUACAUGAAGUCUUCGUCCAGGAGACCACAGCUUUAGUAAUGGCUCUGGGCACUCAGACCCUUCUACACAAUCAAAACCUUUUUAAGAAUGUAAGGCUUGUUUUUCAGUUCUUUUGUAUCACCGUUUUAUAUCGGCGGCGGGUUUGGGUGGUUUCAUCGUGUUGAUGGAAACAUAUUUCCAACCGUUCUUAAAACUGUCGGGUGACAUUGUUAAGAUGGGAAAUAGCUAAAUUGAUGUUUUAAAGUAUUGUUACAUGGGCUGCAAGUGUACUUUUAUCCACCCAGUGAUCCAAUGCCAAUACCAUGGACAGAAACAUGGUGAUACCCCUUAACAUAUCUGCAAAUUGAACUGGGCAAGUUUGGGAAAGACAACUGCAGAAUAAAUAUUCCCUUAUGUAUUCGGAACAGAUCGUCUCCCACUUUUCUCUUUAACAGGCAUGCAUGUGGGAGACAGUUCAAAACGUUUUUGAUUAGAGGCAUUUAUGCUAAUCGAAAAACAUUUUAAGGUGGAACUCCUAGAAUAAAUUCCUCCAUGGGGCUUGUUCUGUUUUUAGGAUUCAUUAAAAACUAGCUUGCAAAUUAACACUGUUGUAUAAUUUGCACUGUUUGCUGUUUAGCCAAUGUGGGUGCUGCAGGUUCAAUCUUCUGAGAGGUUUUAGACUUCACUGAACUGAAAGAUUAUUAAGUGCAAUUAGACCAUGAUGAUAAGAAUCAAAUGUAAACAUUAUUAUUACAGGCUUGCAUUCCACACAAACAUUCCUAUGAUCAACUGUCAGACCCUGGCCCGGUGAGACCAUCCUGAUUCGUUCACACCCGGAUCAGUCUGGCCUCGACCCAAUGGUAAUGCUUUCCAAGGUGUUUUAAUUGAUUGGCCAAUCAGGGCUUGGGGGGGGGGGGGACGGACUUUCAUCUCAUGACAAACAGGGCUUGGUAGAUUUAAAGUUAUGGUGUGUUCCAGAAUCCUUGUACGCCAUACUUCCGAGUCGUAAGUCGAAGAUCUCGCAGCUUUCUUGCAGCAUUUCUCGAAGGCACACUCCCUUUUUGUCUUCAUCUUUCGAAAAUCUGAGAGUAGACCGAGAGCAGUGAUGACGCUCUCAACAAAAUGGCUGCGCCCGUGAGGAGAUGUAUUUUCUUUGUAUUUGUACAAUGUUGUUCAUUUAAAACUACUUUAUUCCGUUCACCAAUUUAUCCAUUGCAUGGUCUUGCUGUGCGUGCAAUACAAUGUAAAGUUGUGGUGUUUGUUUUCGGGCUGGUUUGCUAAAGAGGCUAAUGUAGCUAACAAUAAACAACGACUAGCCAAUUUCAUGCCACAAUCACAAAGACGAACGGGAAUUCUAUGAAUGCUCCGAGACUGAAAGUGACGUCAAACAUGCAACUCGGAAGGCUGGCGUCCGCGGAUUCAGGAACAAACCAUAAGCAUAAACAAUGGCGCCGUCACAAGCUUUAAUCUGAAAUAGACUUAAGACCGAUGUUAAAAAAUGAACAGAAAGCUGAACAUUUAGCCGCUCCCAUACGAAUGGCUGCAAGCCAAGGCCAGGCCGUUGUUCUUUGCUAAAUGCUAACCUGAUCUCUGGAUGGUCUCACUGAGCGACUGGAACCUGGUGUGUUGGUGUGUCCCCUUCUCUGCUCGGUGGCUUGAAUGUUCUUUCUUACUGCUGUAAACAUUUAACCUCACCCAAUCUGUCUGUCGUAGGCUGAUAUGACGGGGUCUCGGACUUGGAUACUAUCCUUUUUUUUGUUUGGUAUUUAUGUGUUUAUGUCCACGUUGGUCGACCGUCGAGUUAGAUCCCAUGAGCUCCGCAUCGUUUAUCAGACGCUCGCCCCUGCAGUUCUGUUGACGUCCACCGGGGUCGGAGUCUGAAUCUAUCAAGUCUAGUUCAUGCACUGGUACCCGGUUUGCAGGCUUUCAUCAACAUACAAAUCACACUCUUAGGCCCACAGAAUUUUGUAACGAUUGAUGGCCAUUUAGAAACUUAUUUUUCAUUUUGAAAUGCUAUUGGCAAUCUAGUCACACGUAUAACUGGUAUACAUUUCAUGUGGUCCUAGCAUGUACUAUGCAGUUACAACUCAAGUAUUUUACCCUUCAAUGUCCACGGCCUCCUUGGAAACGGAAAAGACUACGAGAGGCGAGUGGGUUCGUUGUUCAAGGCCGGAGCCACGCAGUCUUCUUUCCCAUGCAGCCUUGAAUGGCAAACUCAGUGUUUCAUUCUGUUCACUGUUCUGUCUCACAGUUUUUCGAGUCCCCACUUUGGCAUUGUGGCUCAGAUUAGAACAUAUCGUUGGAGCACAACGGCAUAAGAUGAUCUGUCUAAAAGCGUGUCCUGUGCUCAUAUGGGUAGGAAUGAGAAGCCACAGCGCGGGGCGGUAAAGCUUCAAAUGCUUUCUGUGUACGGCCAAAACAUCUCUGGCAGCAAUGCCCUCUGGUUGGUACAGGUCUCUGAACCCGGGACCUGGUCUCUGAACCCGGGACCUGGUCUCUGACGUGGUCUGUCAGAUGAUGCUCUGGUCCACUCCAGAUCUCUGACCAGGUCUGUCAGAUGAUCCUCUGGUCCAGAUCUCUGACCAGGUCUGUCAGAUGAUCCUCUGGUCCAGAUCUCUGACCAGGUUUGUCAGAUGAUCCUCUGGUCCAGAUCUCUGACCAGAUUUGUCAGAUGAUCCUCUGGUCCAGGUCUCUGACCAGGUUUGUCAGAUGAUCCUCUGGUCCAGGUCUCUGACCAGGUUUGUCAGAUGAUCCUCUGGUCCAGAUCUCUGACCAGGUUUGUCAGAUGAUCCUCUGGUCCAGAUCUCGGACCAGGUUUGUCAGAUGAUCCUCUGGUUCAGAUCUUUGACCAGAUUUGUCAGAUGAUCCUCUGGUCCAGGUCUCUGACCAGAUUUGUCAGAUGAUCCUCUGGUCCAGAUCUCGGACCAGGUUUGUCAGAUGAUCCUCUGGUCCAGAUCUCGGACCAGGUUUGUCAGAUGAUCCUCUGGUCCAGAUCUCGGACCAGGUUUGUCAGAUGAUCCUCUGGUCCAGGUCUCUGACCAGGUUUGUCAGAUGAUCCCCGGGUCCAGAUCUCUGACCUGGUCUUGGUCCAGGUUCCUGACCCGGUGUUUCCGGUGACCCCUGUUCUACUAAUGUGAUGGAUCGAUGAGCGCUCUUUAUUCUAUGUAAUUGCACUAAAAGUCCUCCUUUACAGUGUUUUAAGAUCAACUAUUGGUAAAUUGAAGUUUCCAAAUAUCAAGCACCCAAAAAAGUAAGGGAAAAAAAACUGUGCGUAAUGUUUUCCUGUAGAUAUGAGUAUUUUUUGUAUGGUUUUAUUAUGCAGCUUGUCGAUAAUGCCUUAAGGUCUGCUUUAUACAAGGUGUGGAUCAGAUGUUCUAUGCCCUGGCCUCAGCCCUGCUGGAGCCUCACUCCCCUGCUUUCGCUUUGCUCGUGUAUCAACUCCCCCAGUGCAGUGUUUCACAACGUCAAAACACGACCACAAUAACCUUCUUCCCCUUAAGCAUGAUCGGUUCAAUUCAUUUGUUUCCUUGUCUGACCGUCAAGUUAGUGGAAGAUGUUGCACUUUUAACAUGAUGUCAGGUGUGUGAUGGAGGCUGUUCCUGAACAGGAGUUUAAACAGAGUGUCCGUGGUGUGUGAGCUGUGUCGGUAUCUAUCUUGAAGUCUACCAGGUUUCCUUCUUACUGGUUUAUUGACGGUGAAAGUGAGGCAGAGAGUGUAAAGUGGUAUGCUUUUCAAUGGAAAAUGUUAUUUUUAUGGUAACCAUUUAAUGAAUCGUUCAUUUGUUUUGAAACACUUUUUUUUUUUUGUCCCUUUGUAAAUUAGUUUGGGCCUUAAUAUAAUUGUAUUUUGGUAUCACUGUUACCAAAUGAAAUCAGGAUAACAGGAACGGUUUAAGAUAAUUUAAAUGGAGAUGUUUUCAUAUUGACAUUGUUCUUUUUGGCCCUUGGUGUUUGUGAUGUGGAAUAACAUAAAAAGACCUAGCAUCUGUUCUUUUUCUUUUUCUUUUUUACAACACAAUCUGCAAAAUAUAUGCAAUGAUGUAUAUGUAACAUUCAAUCCUCAACUAUAAUCCAGGUUGUAUGAACUUUGUAUAGUCCGUUUUACUAUUCUAUGGCCGUACCGGUAUGUAUUGAUUCUUUAUCAGAAGCCUUAGAGUUGUGUACCCAAAGUGCUCCCUUAGACUACCCUUCACCUACCUGAAAUUUAACAAAGCAUUAAUGACUAUAUUUUGUUUCAUUUUUAUUUCUACUUUUUUGGAUAAAAUAGAUUUGUACUGUAUAUUUGUACCUCUUUGUGGACUACUUAGGUCUUCUUUGUUUUUUGUUGUUUUAAUUCUAUGUACUUAAGGACACAGAUAUUGUAUUUUUAUUGUUAUGGCUAACUUCUUUGAGACGUUGCAUUUAUCAUGUUUGUUAAGUAAACACAAUAUAAUAUAUACAUAUAUAAAUAUAAACUAUUAUCCUACCACUUUGCUUUCCGUUUAAGUUUUUUUUUUAUAAAAGUGAGUGGAAGUGAAAAUCUGAAAUAUCAUUAUGCAUAUUCUAUAAUACAAAGGUUACUAUUUGCAUCCAAUAAAUUUGAUUUGAAAGUGUUUA